AUGGCUCUGGAAGGUUAUGGUAAAACAGAAGAUGGAAUUUCUCGUGUUCAAUAUUCAUCAAAUAUACAAUUUCCUAAUUUUCGAGAUUUUUCGAAUAACGCGACGAGUAAUAACGCGGGUACCGUCGUAGUUGAUGUUUUACCACAAAUUUACACACAAACGGAUUUGAUUGGAUCUCGUGGUAGGAAUAAAAUAUUAGAUGGUAGUCCCGACGGUAGAUCAUCAUCCGAAAGAAAUUCUUCUCCAAUUAUGAAAGAAAGAACUAAAAAAAUGGAUAAUAAUAAUAUUAAAGUAACUUUGAAUUUAAAUGGUAUUAAUUUGACCAUUGGUCGGUUAGUCGAUCGGUUGACCACCCACAAUUAA